GGCGGCCACGUGUCGCUGCGCAGGCGCAGACGCAGACUCCGGGGCCCACGCGGUGAAGCUUCUGGCGCUUAGUACAGUACUCUGCACACGGACGAUGGCCACCAGCGAGCGCACCUUCAUCGCCAUCAAGCCGGACGGCGUCCAGCGCGGCCUCAUCGGGGAGAUCAUCAAGCGGUUCGAGCAGAAGGGCUUCCGCCUCGUGGCCCUGAAGUUUGUGCACGCGUCUGAAGAUCUGCUGAAAGAGCACUACCUCGACCUGAAGGACCGGCCUUUCUACGCGGGGCUGGUGCGCUACAUGCAUUCUGGACCCGUCGUGGCCAUGGUUUGGGAAGGGCUGAACGUGGUGAAGACGGGCAGAGUGAUGCUGGGGGAGACGAACCCGGCCGACUCCAAGCCGGGCACCAUCCGCGGCGACUUCUGCAUCCAGGUUGGCAGGAACAUCAUCCACGGCAGCGACUCGGUGGAAAGCGCCGAGAAAGAGAUCGGCCUGUGGUUCGGGCCGGAGGAGUUGGUGUCGUACCAGAGCUGUGCCCGCGACUGGAUCUACGAGUGAGGCGGCGGGCGGUGCCCGGCUGCCCAUCCCCAUCCCCACUGCCCAUCCCAAUAAAAGACCCUUCGAGAUGGC